AACCCCCCCACCUCCCUCCUAUAAGUCCCUCCCCCUCCUUGCCCCGUCGUCUGCAACCCCGCAGCUGCACCAGCAACGCACCGCACCAUCAGCGAGCACCAAGAAAGAAACCAAAGAAAGAUCGCCAUGGCACCCAGAACGUCGGACAAGACGACGUCACCGGCGGCUUCGGCCACCGGCCUCGCGCUUGGCGUGGGCUGUGGCGCUGGAGCCGCAGCAGGCACCGGCCAGCACUUCCGUGGCGUGAGAAAGCGGCCGUGGGGCCGGUACGCCGCGGAGAUCCGCGACCCCGCCAAGAAGAGCCGUGUGUGGCUCGGCACGUUCGACACGGCCGAGGAGGCCGCGCGCGCCUACGACACCGCCGCCCGCGAGUACCGCGGUGCCAAGGCCAAGACGAACUUUCCCUUCCCGAACGGCGCCCCCGCCGCCGGUGUGACUGGCGGCAGCGGCAGCAGCAACAGCAGCACCGUUGAGUCGUUCGGCAGCGACGUGCAGGCGCCCAUGAAGGCCAUGCCGAUCCCGCCGUCGCUUGAGCUCGACCUUUUCCAUCGCGCCGCUGCGGCUGCGGCUGCCGGAGCCGGCGGCAUGCGUUUCCCUUUCGAAGGCUACCCGGUGUCGCACCCGUAUUAUUUCUUCGGACAAGCGGCCGCUGCCGCAGCAGCCUCCGGUUGCCGCAUGCUCAAGCUGGCGCCGUCGGUCACCGUGGCGGCCUUGGCACAGAGCGACUCCGACUCCUCAUCGAUCGUGGAUCUGGCGCCGUCACCGCCGGCCGUGUCGGCAAAGAAAGCCAUCGCCUUUGAUCUUGAUCUGAACUGUCCGCCGCCUAUGGAGGUCUAGCCACCGGAGUUUUACCUGAGAACAGCUAGUGGUUCAUUUCUUUCUUUUAUUUCUAGGUGAAAAAUUCCGUGUACCUCUAUGCCUAAGCCUCCUGCUUAACGGAGGGAGGACAUUUUUGUAAAUAGUUUUUCCGCCGGAGACGUAGCUUCAGAGACGAUCAAGCCUGUGCUGUGUUACCUAAUACAGGUCCUGCCGGCGAUGUAAUGGAACGGGAUUAUAUAUGUACUCUAAUAUUGUUUUCAUAGUCAUGAGAAAUAGUAGUAUGUAGUAGCAGACACUUCU